AUGAAGGAGCGCAAAAAUUUAAUGAAUGGCUAUACAACCAGACCAAUUUCACUGGCGGGCUACACAGAAAACAGAAAGACCAUUUCGCUAAGCCAAAUGCACGAAGUUUCCUUUAAAGAGCUGGAAGAAAAAGCAGAGGGAGUAGUGAUGUACCGCGACAUGCACACUGAUUCCAGUGCAGGCGAGGGCACACCCAGAGAUAUGCAAAGACUAGAGGCAUAUAAGCUAGAAAUUGCAGAGGUAUACCGGGGAAGACAGGAUGUUUUUAAGGGUGUGCUGCAGAAUACGUCAAUAAAGUACACGCCAGGUGAUUCGCUUCUUAUGUGGGCUCCAAACUCAGAGACAGUAGUACAAAAGCUUAUGGAGCUAUUGAGUAUACAGAAAGACAGAGUAAUAGAGUUUACUCGUGUGCGCAUUCGUGGAAGGGCACACGUAUUUUCCUUUGCAGGGCGUAUUUCUGAGUACUUCAGAUACUUCCUUGAUGUUACGUCACUUCCCUCAAAGCUGUCUCUAUUCAGACUUUCCCAAUAUGCAGAGAAAGACAGCGAUAAGUUGGCGUACCUGUCUUCUAAAGAAGGCAGUGCUGACUACUUUGCCAUGGGGAAGAACUGGAAUAGUCUAUUAGAUAUUCUAGUGCAGUUUAGUGUGAAGAUUCCUCUAGAGAGUCUAUUGGAAGUUGCAAAAGAAAUUAAGCCACGGGCAUUUUCUCUUAUCAACCAAGAAAGCAACGAGUGCGAAUUUAUAGCAGGCAUUCUGCGCAAUGGGGAAAGUGACUGCAGAGAAGGGCACUUCUCCGACUAUAUAAUGAGGGUGGCUCAGACAGAAAACACGCCAGUCUCUUCAGAAAGUGCAGAAGCCUCUGGCAUGAUAUACAGAAUAAGGCACAAAGAAAAUAUUCUGUUUCAGCUGCGCAGUAGUACUAAGAAUGCUUUAUUAUUUGGUAUAGGAACAGGAGUUUCCCCAUUUAUUUCAUUUAUUAGAAACUGUAAGAAAGACUGCGUCUUUACUCUUUUCUACGGAUGCAAGACAGAAGACGAGAAUAUUCUAGCCAAAACCGGAAUAGCAUGGGAAGCAGGCCUGGAGUCUGAGUACGCAGGGGCCAAACUAUUUACAACAGAAAGCCCGAAUGUCACAGUGCAUGUGGUUUACUCACAAACAAACCAGUCCAUUCGAAUGGGCGAAUUUCUACAGCGAAACAAAGAGAAGAUAGCAGCCAGGUGCAGAGAAAUAAGCACAAGCGGGAUAUAUACAUGUGGAAACAAGCAGGCUAUGCAGUCAAUAUCACAGUACUUUACAGCAGAGCACCCUGAAAUAUCACAGCACAAUGAUGACUGGUCAUAG